AUUCAUCAAAUAAUCCAAUUCACCAGCACAAUAUUUAUCGACAAGCUGCGAAUAGAAAUCUUAAAGAUUAUCAUUCCAAAAUGGAGCAUCAAAUGCGUACCAAAUAUAAUAUUCAUGAGCGUAGUUAUAAAGUUGGUGACCUUGUUAAAGUACAAAUUGCUAAGAUUGACCGUGAACCUAGUGAUCGUUGUGCACUACCAUGUAAAGUAUUUUUUGUACUUUCCAACGAUGUAUAUCACCUUGUAUGCCAAUUUGGUGUUCUUGAAAGUACAUUUCCAGCCAGUAAAGUUUUACCCCUCGGACCAAGAGAAUUUUUAGAGCUUAAUGAUCCUCCAACCAAUACGACUGUUAGUAUAAUUGAAGCCGCAAGAUUACAAUCCAAUGCUAUUGCCAGCAAUAAAACAU